ACUCGUGCACAGAUUGCGCCUUAAAGCGUUUGGUCGCUGGUUGGCGGGUAUAUAAGCACGUGCAGUCUGCCACCGGUUGUCGCAGUUCUGUUGAGUGACUUGCCGGUGUUUGAAGCAGCGUACGCGUGUGUCGUGCCGGUUUGUGUGUAUGUUUGUGUGAUUGGAGCAGGGAUCUCUAUAACGACCAAACGAAGAAUCCAUAAUAUCUAAGCCUACGUUCACCGAUACCUAAAGUUCCAGUCCGGACUAGAAUAUAUUGUAUCCAAGCGUUUAAUCUCUCGCUGGACGCUACAUCCAGAGCCAUGAAAAUGUAUCGCGGUCUGCUUUGCGUGGCCCUCACGCUAAUGUCCGCGCUACACUGCAGCUGUCAAAGCUCGGACGAACGCGUAUUGGCAAACGAGCCCAGCUAUCCGGAGCUCGACCACAGCAAGAUACCGAUGGCGAGCCUGAAUGGAUUGCUGGACACGUUAGAGCACGACAGCCGGCAGCUAGGUGGCAGCAACCCGGAAGACUACGAGACGGCCGAUAGUCUCGCGGCACGGCUUGGCUAUCCACAUCUGAACGGUGAGGCCAAGCGAGGCUGGGGCAAGAUGAAUGCGGCGUGGGGCAAACGUGCCGGUUCGCGGAACUCUGGUUGGACCAAGUUCGGUGCGGCCUGGGGCAAACGAGAACCGGGAUGGAAUAAUUUGAAAGGACUUUGGGGCAAGCGCGCUGACAAGUGGGACAAACUGGCAUCGGCUUGGGGCAAACGGCAGGAAAUUAGUCGAAGUUAUUAAACAGCGACAGCAGCAGCAGCAGCAGAUUUAUCAAACCAUGUGUAUCUCCAUGCACCUGAGCCUAGUAGUUCAUAGUUAUUUGUAGGAUAUUAUAUCAACUCUAUACUACCAACAUGACUGUUGCCAGAAGAACUCCCCACUAGAAAGCAGCUUCUUCAAUGUUUCAUCCAUUGUAGCUGGUGGUUCCAAGGAUCGUGGUCUGAGCGAUUGGAGGUCCCAGGUAACCGAUGCAGCCAGUACGAUUUUUGAUCUCGUUAUCACCAACUUCACCCCAACUCUUACGCUACUGUAAACGUACCAGGAGCAAAUGUUAUCCUGAAACACACGCACACACACACACACAUUUACAGCUAUUAUUCACACCACAAGAGGCUAGUUGGAUAGUACUCGCUUUAAUCAAUCUUCCCGGUGUAAUGUAACAAUCAACAUUUUAUCGUCAGCAAUUAAAGAGAAAAUUAAAGUUUGAAAAUCAAUGUACAUGUGUAACGAAACGAAACAAAAAGAGUUAGAAAAAUACUACUUAAGGUAUUUGGCCUAUA